AUGUCAGUGUGUGACGCUGCCUUUGACCAGCAGGAUGCAGAGGUUGUGUGUAGAGAGCUGGACUGUGGGGCUCCUGUACAGGUGCUGGGAGCAGCUGCUUUUGAUAAAGGAGACGCUCAGAUGUGGACACAAGAGAUUCAGUGCAGAGGAAAUGAGUCUCAGAUUCACCUCUGUCCAACAUCACCAUCACGUGAAAACGACUGUUCUCAUGACUAUGGUGUUGGACUAAUGUGUACAGAACAUGUGAAAGUGAGACUGCUAAAUGGUAGCAGUCACUGUGCUGGUAGAGUGGAGGUUCUUCACAGAGGUCAGUGGGGAACAGUGUGUGGUGCUGGUUGGGAUUUGGCUGAUGCUGCAGUGGUGUGUAGAGAACUGGACUGUGGAGAACCUGUAGAUGCUCUGGGUGGUGCUCAUUUUGGACAAGGAUCAGGACCAAUCUGGACAAAUUUUGCCAUGUGUACUGGAUCAGAGUCCACACUGAAGAACUGUGGUUCAUUAGGACAAGGUGGGCAAGGCUGUGAUCCUAUUGGAGAUGCUGGAGUCAUCUGCUCAGGAGUCAGGCUGGUUGGAGGUUUUCGCUGCUCUGGGAGGUUAGAGAUCCUUCAUAAUCAGACGUGGAUGUCAGUGUGUGACGCUGCCUUUGACCAGCAGAAUGCAGAGGUUGUGUGUAGAGAGCUGGACUGUGGGGCACCUGUACAGGUGCUGGGAGCUGCUGCUUUUGAUAAAGGAGACACUCAGAUGUGGACACAAGAGAUUCAGUGCAGAGGAGAUGAAUCUCAGAUUCACCUCUGUCCAACAUCACUGCCACACAAAUACAACUGUUCACAUGAUAAUGAUGUUGGACUGGUGUACGCAGUAGUUCUUUGUUUCAUUCUCUUUGUUCAAUAUACAGACCUUGUAAAUGUGAGGCUCGUUGGUGGUCACAGUCGCUGUGCUGGUAGAGUGGAGGUUCUUCAUAGAGGUCAGUGGGGAACAGUGUGUGGUGAUUUCUGGGAUUUGGCUGAUGCUGCAGUGGUGUGUAGAGAGCUGGACUGUGGAGAACCUGUAGAUGCUCUGGGUGGUGCUCAUUUUGGACAAGGAUCAGGACCAAUCUGGACAAAUUUUGCCAUGUGUACUGGAUCAGAGUCCACACUGAAGAACUGUGGUUCAUUAGGACAAGGUGGGCAAGGCUGUGAUCCUAUUGGAGAUGCUGGAGUCAUCUGCUCAGGAGUCAGGCUGGUUGGAGGUUAUCGCUGCUCUGGGAGGUUAGAGAUCCUUCAUAAUCAGACGUGGAUGUCAGUGUGUGACGCUGCCUUUGACCAGCAGAAUGCAGAGGUUGUGUGUAGAGAGCUGGACUGUGGGGCACCUGUACAGGUGCUGGGAGCUGCUGCUUUUGAUAAAGGAGACACUCAGAUGUGGACACAAGAGAUUCAGUGCAGAGGAGACGAAUCUCAGAUUCACCUCUGUCCAACAUCACCAUCACAUGAAAGCAACUGUUCUCAUGACAGUGAUGUUGGACUGGUGUGUGCAGACCUUGUAAAUGUGAGGCUGGUUGGUGGUCACAGUCGCUGUGCUGGUAGAGUGGAGGUUCUUCAUAGAGGUCAGUGGGGAACAGUGUGUGAGCAUUUCUGGGAUAUGGCUGAUGCUGCAGUGGUGUGUAGAGAGCUGGACUGUGGAGAACCUGUAGAUGUUCUGGGUGAUGCUCAUUUUGGACAAGGAUCAGGACCAAUCUGGCUGAGUACUGUCAUGUGUACUGGAUCAGAGUCCACACUGAAGAACUGUGGAUCAGCAGGAUGGGGUAAACCUGUCUGUGAUCAUCGUCAAGAUGUUGGAGUCAUUUGUUCAGAUCAUAAACAUUCCAGACUUAUUAACGGAUCUCACCUUUGCUCUGGGAGAAUAGAGGUGGUUCAUGGGAACACAUGGCACACAGUGUGUGAUGCUGCCUUUGACCAGCAGAAUGCAGAGGUUGUGUGUAGAGAGCUGAACUGUGGGGCUCCUGUACAGGUGCUGGGAGCAGCUGCUUUUGGCAAAGGAGACGCUCAGAUGUGGACACAAGAGAUUCAGUGCAGAGGAAACUAAUCUCAUAUAUAUUUUUGUCCACAUACAUCUUUAAGCAAAAACAACUGUUCCCAUGACAAUGAUCUUGGAGUUAUAUGUUCUGGUUACACAGAUCUCAGGCUGGUAAACAGUUCAGACUCCUGUUCUGGAAGAGUGGAGCUUCAAUAUAGCAGUAAAUGGGGCACAGUGUGUGAUGCAUGCUGGGAUAUGAGAGCUGCCAGUGUCCUCUGUAGACAGCUGAAUUGUGGGAUUGCUGUGUCUGUUGUGGGAUCAGACUGGUUUGGAGAGGGAAGUGCUGAAAUCUGGGCUGAUGUGUUUGAUUGUGACGGGAAUGAAACAAAACUCUCAGAAUGUUCCAUCUCUUCAUGGAGUCGAGCGGAAUGUUCUCAUAGACGAGCUGUUGGAGUCAUUUGCUCUGAUUCUUCUCUGGCUCGUCAUUAUGGUCUGGUGCGGUUAUCUGGAGAGAGACAGUGUGAGGGGGAGGUGGAAGUUUUCAUCCAGCAGGUCUGGAGGAGAGUUCUGCUCGACUCCUGGAGUCUCACUGAAUCCUCUGUGGUCUGCCGACAGCUGGGCUGUGGCUCUGUGCUGAACUUCUACGGCUCCUCUUCAUCCAGUCCCGAACACAGUCAUGAGUGUGUGACGGGCUUCCAGUGCUCUGGGAGUGAAGCUCAUCUGGGGAACUGCAGCUCUCCACAAACUCUCAACUGCAGCUCCACACAACAGCUGUCAAUCACCUGCCUUGGUCGUGGGUCCAUCAGACUGGUGGGUUCUGGGGGAGACUGUGCAGGGAGACUGGAGGUUUUUCACAGCGGCUCAUGGGGGACAGUGUGGGACGAUUCUUGGGAUAUUAAAGAUGCUCAUGUGGUGUGCAGACAGCUGCAGUGUGGAGUGGCCCUCAGUAACCAGCAGGUACCAGCCUGGUUUGGUCCUGGUUCUGGACCCAUAUGGCUGGAUGAGGUGGAGUGUGAGGGGAAUGAGACGUCCCUGUGGAGCUGCUCUUCUCCAGGCUGGGGAAAACAUGACUGUAAACACAAGGAGGAUGUAGGAGUCGUGUGCUCGGAGUUUAAAAAGAUCAGGUUAACUGAUGGCUGUGAAGGGAAUGUGGAGGUUUUCUACAAUGGAUCCUGGGGUAAUUUAUGUUACAACCAGAUGGACAGAGACACAGCGAGUCUGAUCUGUCAAGAGCUGAACUGUGGAAGAUCGAGCAGUGAAACCAGUUAUUCAGAGGGACUGAAGCCUCAUAAUUGGCUUGAUAAACUUAAUUGUCGACAACAUGAUUCCACUUUAUGGCAGUGUCCAUCUUCACCCUGGGGACAGAAUGACUGUGAUAAUGAAGUGGCCAAAAUCACCUGCUCUGAGGAGGAAAUUCACGAGUCUCUGCAGAGCCGUCUGACUUGUUCAACAUCAUCUCACCAGAGGCAGUGUUCAAAGCAUCUUCCUCUCAGACUGAGUGGAGGGGAGGGCCGGUGCUCUGGGAGGCUGGAGGUGUAUCAUAACGCUGUGUGGGGCUCAGUCUGUGAUGAUCAGUGGGACAUCAGCGAUGCUCAGGUGGUCUGCAGGCAGCUGGGUUGUGGAGCAGCACUGAGGGCUGAUGGGAAUUCAGUCUUUGCUGCUGGUGAAGGUGUUGUGUGGCUGAACAGAGUCGAGUGCAGAGGGAAUGAGAUUCACCUGUGGGACUGUCUUCUCUCCCUGAAUAACCACACUGACUGCUCCCGCAAAGAGCACGCUGGACUCACCUGUGCAGAAUUUUUUACAUUGCCAGAUUUGUCAGUGUCCACUACCACAACAUCAUCAGUUUCUCCUCCAGUGCGCUCAACAUCAGUCGCUCCUCCACAAACUCCUCCAGCAGCGUCUCUCUCCGUCCCUCCAGUGCUUGUGAUUGUACUGGGAGUUGUGCUCUUACUGCUCUUAGUGCCACUGCUUAUACUGAUUCAGCAGAACAGAGUGAUGAGGAGAGACUAUGAUGAUGUGGGGGAGGAGUCAAACGAUGAGGGAGUGGCCGUAUGA